UCACAUACCUUUAGUUGUUUUGUUAGUGUGUACACAGGUACCCCGAUUUCAUAAAAUUAAAAAUAUUUUCAUUAAACUACAGAAAAACACAUAAGCUAUUCAAUAAGAAAGUUCAGUCUAAUGCGUUAAAACGUAUCCAAUGUUCUUCAGUUUAUAAGUUAUUAUUUUUCCAUCUUUUUCAGAUACAUUACAACAUAAACGCAUUACAAGAAUAAUUAAAUAACUAGUGUCUUGAUUGUUCGUAAUGGCAGCAAGUCCGUGUCUUAUCAUUUUAACGGUCAAAUUGGUUAUCCAAUUGACGACUGUGACGUCAAGUCCAUUAACCAACAUGCUUGUACUUAGACCUAUCGACGACGAAAUAAGAAAUGCAGUAGACGAGUUGGACCUCCGUGACAAAACAAAGGAUACGUUAUUGGAACAAUACAUCAAUGUCGGAAGUUAUUCAAACGAUUUCAUUGAACUGCUGAACACUUACAACACGUUCAAGGACUCUCCCAUCAUCUUUACUGAAGAUGAAAAAAGAAUAUUGACUACCAGCAACACAGAAGAUUCACUAAACGAUAAAGUACUCGCUCAAUUGAAAUACUAUCGCAAGAUUCAAGAAAUUCAGUGCGCCGACUAUUUGAUACUGCAGUACAUCUUAUAUGGUACUGAACCGAAUAUAGAAGAAAUUGCUAAGUAUGUAUACAAUAUGAUAGCGAUGGCUUACAAAGGUAAAGUCGUUGCAUUCAAAUGGCUUUGGGAAUUGUAUAUCAACCUUUUGUCACCAACCACGGACGACGGCAAACAACCAUUAAAUAUGAUGAUGCAAGAUUUUGAAAACUUUCAAAAACCUUUAGCCGAUUUGAUAGAAAUGUGUGUGGAACAUAAAUAUAUAACAGUCAAAUAUAAUGAUCAACAAAACCAUGAUCGUAGAAAAAGUACGCCACAUUUGAAAAAUAAACUUGUGGGAUAUUUAAAAUUAAACAUUAAAAAAUAUAGACACUAUGAACCGAUGUUGGAAGAAUCAAGUAGUAGGCCAAAUUUGAUCGUUAAUACUGAGGAAACUUGGAAAUUGAACUACGAAAAACAUGAACUCUUUAAAAAAAAUUCACCUGCAUUGCCUCUCAGUUUCGAUCAUUUAUCCUUAAAAUGUGUAUGGGAGUAUACGCCGUUUUUGAUUGAUCCAAUACCGAACGUAACUAUUGACUGGACUGCGAUAGAAAAAACGUACGCAUUUGAUCUUCAAACGGUUCAAACGUGUGGUUUCACUAACUGGAAAAAGUAUCCGUUUGAAUAUAUUCGUUUUCAAAAAUCGUUUAGAGAUAUCAUAAUGAUAAAACUAUAUUGUUAUAUUUAUGUGCUUAUAUCUGUAUACAACCCGUCUGAUUAUAUAUUUAAUGGUUAUCUUAAGUCCCUGAUUGUGGACAUGCUUAAGUUCAGUUACAUCGAAGACAAAACAUUAAACAAUGUCAUAACGUUGUAUAAUAAAUUCGGUAAAUUAGAUGAUUCUAAUGAAAAUGAUAUAAGAAUCAAAAUAAUUAGCAAAGAGCAGAUUGAUGAAGUUUUGAAAAUAAUAACAGAUGAAGUAAAUAAGAUUUUGUCAAAUUUAAUUAUAGGGUAUACUAAUAAAACUAAAUUGGCCGACCUUUCAGACAUUAAAACACCGUCAUGUUCUCAUUUUGAAGUCCUACUUAAUAGACAAUCUGAUGAUUCAAAAUAUUUAUUAAUGAAAAUUGAUAAUCACCUUACAGAAUUUAAUCGAUGGUUCGAAAGAGGUUUAGACGGAUUAACAUUGGAUGUUUUAUCGUUCUUUAUUGACGCAAGUAAAAAUACAUACCUUAGUGUAUUCCCUGAAAAUUGAUUCAAAUGCAUCUAAUACGAAUAUAAAAAAUAAUAAUUAUACAUACGAUUGUUACUAAUAUUAUAAUA